AUGGAAGCUUCAUCUUCAGAAUCUCCAAGAAUUGGUCCAAAUGUGGCGCAGAAACCGUCGGUUUUGGUGUUGGGAAUGGCUGGAAGUGGAAAGACGACUUUUGUUCAGGUUGGUGGGAUUUUGGAGGGGUUUUCAGGCUUUUUUUGAGGCCCGGUGAAGCCCGAGAAAUUCUGAGUUUUUUGGCCGAAAAUUACCUAAAAUUAGCCAUGUUUAGGCUGAUUUCAGGCCUUAUUCAGGCUUUUUAGGCUCUAAGUUAAGGCCUGAUUUAGGCCUACCUGAGGCCUGAUUUUUGUCCAAAAAGGGUCAUUUAGAGAAGGCCUAAAAUGAGCAAUAUGAAUUUUUAGCUAAUAAAAAAUCAAAAAACUAAAUUAACUAGACUAUAGUUUUGAUAGCCCUGAAAAUUUUGAGAUUAAGAUGAGUAAUCCUAACUUUUUUCUCAUUAUCAAUAAAAUUCAAAACUACACUUUAGUUUUCCACUACUAGACUUUUGUCUUCUACAAAACUAUACUCUAGUUUCUUACCUCACUAUACUCUAGUCUCCCACCCAAACCCCUCUAUUUUUGCAGCGUCUAACCUCCUACCUUCACACCCGUCAAACUCCACCCUACGUCAUCAACCUGGAUCCGGCAGUCGCAAAAGUUCCCUACCCAGUCAAUGUUGACAUCCGAGACACUGUGAAAUACAAAGAAGUGAUGAAAGAAUUCGGAAUGGGCCCGAAUGGCGCCAUUAUGACAUGCCUGAAUUUAAUGUGCACACGAUUCGAUCAAGUCAUUCAACUGAUCAAUAAGCGGGCCAAUUCGGACACGUCGAUUUGUUUGUUGGAUACGCCGGGACAAAUUGAGGUAUGGGGGUGGGAAAUAGUGAAAAAUUGGGGUGUUUUUGAGCUGGAAUUGGUCAAUUUUGAUCUGAAAUUCGAAAUUUUAACUGAAAAGAAGAAUUUCCACGUGGAUUUUUAGCUACAAAAAUUUUUGAAUUUUCAAAUUUUGGAGUUUUUUUGGAGUUUUGAAGGAUCUGCAACUUAUUCAUAUCAAGUUCCAAUGAAACCUUUCAAAAUUCAUCAAAACCUUGAAACAGUGAAUUUUUUUCCAAUAAAAAAAUAUUUUUUCACAAAAAUUUAAGCAAGGCUAAUAAGGUUACGAGUUAGGUUAAUACAUUUUUUCCACGUGGAUUUUUCGCCUCAAAAUUUCUAGAAUUUGAAUAUUCCACGUGGAUUUUUGUUUUGGAUCUUACGUAUUUAUCGAAUUUCCAAUAAAACCUUUCAAAAUUCAUCAAAACCUUGAAACAGUGGAUUUUUUUCCAAUCGAAAAAAAUUCUGAUUCACAAAAAUUUAAGUAAGACUAAUUGUAAGGUAGAAGAGUUAGGCUAACUUCUUUUUUCCACGUGGAUUUUUAGCCACAAAAUUUCUGGAAUUUGGACAUUCCACGUGGAUUUUUGAUAGAAGUAGGGCCGCAGUUAUCGAAUUUCAAUUAAACCAUUCAAAAUUCAUGAAAACUUUGAAACAGUGAAUUUUUUUCGAAAAAAAAAAUUCUGAUUCACAAAAAUUUAAGAUAGUUUUCCACGUGGAUUUUUAGCUACGAAAAUUUCUGGAAUUUUGAAUUGCCAUGCGGAUUUUUAGAGUCAAAAUUUCUUAAGACAUAAAAUUUCCAAUGAAACCUUUCAAAACUCAUGAAAAUCUUGAAACAGUGAAUUUUUUUCAAUAAAAAAAAAUUGUGAUUCACAAAAAUUUAAGAAAAGCUAAUAAGGUAGAAGAAUUAGGCUAAGACCAUUUUUCCCACGUGGAUUUUUAGCCUCAAAAUUUCUGGAAUUUUUGAAUUACCACGUGGAUUUUGACCUGAUUGUAAGGAAUAGAAUUCCAAUAAAACCUUUCAACAAAUUUCAUGAAAACCUUGAAACAGUGAAUUUUUCCCAAUAAAAAAAUUAUUUUUCAAAAAAAUUUAAGGAACUAAUAAGGUAGAAGAGUUAGGCUAGGACCUAAUUUUCCAAGUGGAUUUUUCGCCUCAAAAUUUCUGGAAUUUUUGAAUUUCCACGUGGAUUUUUGCUACAGAUUGGACCUGAAUUAUCAAAUUCCUAUAAAACCUCCCAAAAUUCAUGAAAACCUUGAAACAGUGAAUUUUUUUAAAUUUAUUUCUGGAAUUUUUGAAUUGCCACGUGGAUUUUGACCCGAUUGUAAGGAAUAGAAUUCCAAUAAAACCUUUCAACAAAUUUCAUGAAAACCUUGAAACAGUGAAUUUUUUCCAAUAAAAAAAUAUUUAUCACAAAAAUUUAAGAAAGGCUAAUAAGGUUAAGAGUUAAGCUAAGACCUUUUUUCCACGUGGAUUUUUAGAAACGAAAAUUUCUGGAAUUUGAACAUUCCACGUGGAUUUUUGUUACAUGCAGGGUCUCAGUUAUCGAAUUUCAAUAAAACCCUUUCAAAAUUCAUCAAAACCUUGAAACAGUGAAUUAUUUUCCAAUCAAAAAAUUGUAAUUCACAAAAAUUUGAGUAAUGCUAGUUUUAAGCUAGAAAAGUUAGGUUAAUACUCUUUUUCCACGUGGAUUUUUGGAGCCAAAAUUAGAGAUUUUUGGGAAUUUUGAAUGGUUCUGAAACAUUUUUCAAUGAAAUCUUUCAAAAUUCAUGUAAACCUUUAAACAGUGGAUUUUUUUCCAAUCGAAAAAAAUUCUGAUUCACAAAAAUUUAAGUAGGCGAGUUAGGCUAAGACAUUUUUUCCACGUGGAUUUUUUUCAUCCAAAAUUUCUGGAAUUUUUGAAUUUCCACUGGGAUUCUUGGUAACGAAUUGGACUUUAUUUAUCGAAUUCCAAUGAAACCUCCCAAAAUUCAUCAAAACCUUGAAACAGUUAAUUUUUUCCGAUCAAAAAAAAUAUUUUUCACAAAAAUUUAAGGAAGACUAAUUGUAAGAUAGAAGAGUUAGGCUAAGACCAUUUUUUCCACGUGGAUUUCUGAUAGUUUUACAUAGACAACGAAGAAGCAAUUCAUAAACUUCCAACAAAAACCUUUCACAAUUCAUUAAAACCUUGAAACAGUGAAUUUUUUUUCGAAUAAACAAAAAUUUCUGGAAUUUUCGAAUUGCCACGUGGGUUUUUGGAGCCAAAAUUAGAGAUUUUUGGGAAUUUUGAAUGGUUCUGAAACAUUUUUCAAUGAAACCUUUCAAAAUUCAUCAAAACCUUGAAACAGUGAAUUUUUUCCGAUCGAAAAAAAUUAUGAUUCACAAAAAUUUAAGACUAAUUGUAAGGUAGAAGAGUUAGGCUAAGACAUUUUUCCCACGUGAAUUUUUUGCAGCCAAAAUUUUUGAAUCUCCACGUGGAUCUUUGGUACAAGUUGGACCAUACAAUUAAUUAUUUAUCGAAUUUCAAUAAAACCCUUUCAAAAUUCAUCAAAUCCUUGAAACAGUGAAUUUUUUCGAAUAAAAAAAUUGUGAUUCACCAAAAAUUUAAGCUAGUUUUCCACGUGGAUUUUUAGAUUCAAAAUUUCUGGAAUUAGAAUUGCCACGUGGAUUUUGACCUGAUUGUAAGGAAUCGAAUUCCAAUAAAACCUUUCAACAAAUUUCAUGAAAACCUUGAAACAGGGAAUUUUUUUCGAAUAAAAAAUUGUGAUUCAUAAAAAUUAGAUAAGGCUAAAAAUAAGGUAGAGGAGUUAGGCUAAGACAUUUUUCCCACGUGGAUUUUAGGCCUCAAAAUUGGAGAUUUUUCGAAUUCCUGGAUGUCAUAUCAAAUUCCUAUAAAACCUUUCAAAAUUCAUCAAAACUUUGAAACAGUGAAUUUUUUUUCACAAAAAAAAAACUUUUCUGAGCCCAAAUUUUACAUUUUUCAUUUCCAAAAAUCAGAAUUUUCAUAAUUUUCAACACAAAAUAAUGAUUUUCUCAAAAUUCUUAACAUUAAAAACUGCAGGAUUUCUCAUUAAACCUCCCAAUAUCUCAAAUUUCCAGGCUUUCACAUGGAGUGCAUCUGGAAGUAUCAUCACAGAUUCCUUGGCCAGCAGUCAUCCAACAGUUGUGAUGUAUAUUGUGGAUUCUGCUCGAGCUACAAAUCCAACUACAUUCAUGUCAAAUAUGUUGUAUGCUUGCUCGAUUUUGUAUCGAACCAAAUUGCCAUUUAUUGUGGUUUUUAAUAAGGUAAGGAAAAAUGGGCGUGGCCUUUUUUUCUGCAAGCCUCGCACGGUUUUUCUGAUCGGUUUGAUUACAAGUUUGCUAUCAAUUCCUCUUUCCAGGCUGACAUUGUUAAACCCACAUUCGCUCUAAAAUGGAUGAAGGAUUUCGAGAGAUUCGAUGAGGCUUUGGAAGAGAAUCGAAGUUCGUAUAUGAAUGAUUUGAGCAGAAGUUUGUCGUUGGUUUUGGAUGAGUUUUAUUGUGGAUUGAAGACUGGUUAGUGUGUGUUUUUUUUUUUGAAAAUUCAAAAAUGUUGGCGCCAAAAUCCACGUGGAAAUUUGAAAUUAACAUUUUUUGAUUGGAAAAAAAUAUUCACUGUUUCAAGGUUUUGAUGAAUUCUGAAGGUUUCAUUUAAAAGUGAUAUGUCUGGAGGAAUUUUCAAACAUUUUGGCUUAAAGAAUCCACGUGGAAAAAAUCUUAGCUUCACACUUCUACUUUACAAUUAGCCUUUCUUUAAUUUUUUGUGAAUCGGAAUUUUUUUUGAUUGGAAAAAUAAUUCACUGUUUCAAAAUUUUGAUGAAUUCUGAAAGGGGUUAAUGGAAUUUGAUAGAUUUACCUAUUGUGCUCGCAAAUAUCUGAAAUUCACGUGGAAAAAUGGUCUUAGCCUAACUCUUCUACCGUAAGAUUAGCCUUCCUUAAAUUUUUGUGAAUCAGAAUUUUUUUUUAUCAAAAAAAUAUUCACUGUUUCAAGGUUUUGAUGAAUUUUAAAGAUUUUGUUGGAAUUUGAUGAAUUGCUUCUUCGUUGUUUAUGUAAAAAUAUCAGAAAUCCACGUGGAAAAAAGGUCUUAGCCUUACUCAAAUUUUUGUCAAUCAGAAUUGUUUUUUAAGUUUAGAAAAAAUUCACUGUUUCAAAGUUUUGAGGAAUUUUUAAAAAUGUUAUUAGAAAUUGAUACGCCUUUGCUGUCUUUAACAAUAUUAAGAAAAAACCACGUGGAAAUUUUGAAUUUUUAAAAAUUUUGGCGUCAAAAAUCCACGUGUAAAAAAUGAAGUUAGCCUAACUAUUCUACCUAACAAUUAGCGUUUCUUUAAUUUUUGUGAAUCAGAAUUUUUUUUUGGUUGGAAAAAAUCUACUGUUUCAAAGUUUUGAUGAAUUGUGAAAUGUUUUUGUUGGAAGUUUAUGAAUUGCUUCUUCUAUGUAAAAAUAUCAGAAAUCCACGUGGAAAAAAAUAAGUUAACCUAACUCUUCUACCUUAGUCUUACUUAAAUUUUUGUGAAUCAGAAUUUUUUUUGAUUUUAAAAAAUUCACUGUUUCAAGGGUUUGAUGAAUUUUGAGAGGGGUUAAUGGAAUUUGAUGGGUGUGUUGUGUCUUUAAAAAUAUUUUUAAAAAAGCACGGGGAAAUUUGUCAUUUCAAAAAUUCUGGCUGCAAAAAAUCCACGUGGAAAAAAUGGUGUUAGCUUAACUCUUCUACCUUAACCUUACCUUAAGUUUUGUGAAUCAGAAUUUUUUUUAUCAAAAAAAUAUUCACUGUUUCAAUGUUUUAAUGAAUUGUGAAAUGUUUUUGUUGGAAGUUUAUGAAUUGCUUCUUCGUUGUCUAUGUAAAAAUAUCAGAAAUCCACGUGGAAAAAAAUAAGUUAACCUAACUCUUCUACCUUAGUCUUACUCAAAUUUUUGUGAAUCAGAUUUUUUUUCGUUUGGAAAAAAUUCACUGUUUCAAAGUUUUGAUGAAUUUUGAAAGGUUUUAUUGGAAUUUGAUGCGUAAAAAGUACCUUUAAAAAUAUCAAGAAAAAAGCACGCUGAAAUUGAAUAUUCAAACAUUUUCGCGUUGAAAAUCCACGUGGUAAAUUCGAAUUUUUACAAAAAAAAACCACGAUUUUAUUUUUUAUUUAGAAAAAGUUCACUGUUUCAAGGUUUUGAUGAAUUCUGAAGAUUUUGUUUGAAGUUGAUAUUCACCAGCUAUAUUCUAAUAAAUAAGUUGCAACAAAGCUAAAGCUAAGCCUAAGCCUAAUUAAAUAUUUGUGAUGAAAAUUCCUGAUUCCUCCCUUCAAAAUUCCAAAAACCUCCAUUUUUGCAGUGUGUGUCUCUUCAAUGACUGGCGAAGGAUUUGAUGACGUCAUGAAAGCGAUCGAUGAAAGUGUUGAAGCAUAUAAAAAUGAAUAUGUUCCGAUGUAUGAAAAAGUAUUGGCUGAGAAGUUGAAAUUGGAUGAGGAAGAGAAAAAGGAGAAACAUGAAAAGGUUUGGGAUUUUUGGGAAGGGAAUUGGGAAGUUAAAUCAAAAAUUGAUUUUCUUUUAAAGUUUAGGGAAUUUUCUGAAACAGCAAAUUUUUAUGAACAAUUUUUUAUUUUUGGAAAGUUAAACCAGGAUGAAUCAAGUUUUAGUUAUAUUCUUCGGAUACUUAUGGAAUUUUUGAAACAGGAAAUUUUUAAAGAGAAAAUUAAGAACAAGAAAUUCAUUAAAAAUGUAUUGUGUUUUGAAAUGUUAUGGAUUUUUUGAAUAAUAUUACACACGAACAUCAAAAUUUCGAAAACCCACAAAAAAUUGAAAAGUUUUUGAAACAGUAAUUUUUUAUCUUGAUUUUUUUUUGUAAUUUUUUAAUACCUACAAAAAUUUUCAAUGAAUCAAAAAAUGUUGAAAACACGACAAAACUUCAAUAAUUUUUGAAACAGUAAUUUUUCAUCUUAAAUUUUGAGUGAUAUUGUGAAUAUCAACAUAUGGAAUUUAUUGAAUCUUGAAAACCCUCAGAAAAAUCAUGAAGUUAUUGAAACAGUGAAUUUUUUAAUGAAAAAUUUUGAAUUUUUGAAAAAUCUAUCAACUACUAUGUAAUGAAACAUAUUCUCAAAGUUUCAUGAAUUUUUUGAAAUAGUAAAUUUUUUUUUAGAUGACCAUUUUUGAAUUUCUGAAAUUGAGAUGCUAAGAGUAAUGAAAGCUAUAAGACAUCUUGAAAUUUUAUGAAUUUUUUGAAACAGUGAACUAUUUUUAAAUAACCAUUUUUGAAUUUCUGAAAUUUCCACAGUCCGAGUAAUAAAAGAAAUUAGACAUCUUGAAAUGUUAUGAAUUUUUGAAACAGUAAAUUUUUUAAUGAACAUUUUUGAAUUUUUGAAAGAAUGCAAUGUAUCAAUUUUUGGUAUUAUUCUCCAAAUAUUCAUGAAAAUUUUGAAACAGCAUUUUUUUUCAAAGUUUCAAGAACAAUUUCGAGUUUUUUAAUCAAUCUAUUGCAAAUCUGUAAUAAAAUCAUAGUUUAUCAAAAGUUUUAUUGAUUUUUUGAAACCGUGAAUUUUUUUGAAGAACUCAGAGAUUCGCUGGCCAGCUCGCCACCAGGUCGCUGCGGCCACCUGGAAACCGCAUGGCCGCCAGGUCGCCUUGAGUUUUCCGGCCACGUGGCCUGUGUGUUUGAAAAUCUGAAAGGCUCGCAAGACGGUGGUUUGUACUCAAAACACUGCAUUUUCUACUGUUUUUUUCACUUCCUAAGGUUUCAAGUGCUGCGAAAAAACAGAAAAUGAGCCAAAUUUUUCGAAAAUGCCUCAAUUCACAAGUUUUUUUGACAUUUUCAUGAAAAUUCAUUUUGACGUGGCGAAGUGGCCACCACAUGGUAGCCAUGUGGCCGUGACCUAGCCAGAGCGUGGCCACCUUGCCAGCGAAAAAAACCGGGCGACAUGGUUUCCAUGUGGUUCCCAGGUCAGCCGGCCUCCCCACCUGGUGGCGAGCUGGCCAGCGAAUCUCUGAGAAGAUUCAAAAAACAACAUAUUAAAGUAGUAAAUUUGCGAUUCUUUUCUUGAAAAAGUCUGACAAAUUUUGCUAAAGCAAAAGUCGAAUCAAUAAUUAAUUUUUUGUUCCAGGUUCUAUGGAAUUCUUGAAACAGUACAUUUUUAAAAUACGAAAAAUUUGAAUAUUGAAGAUUUUAACAAUCAAUUUUUGAAAACCCACAAAAAAUUCAUGAAGUUUUUGAAACAGCAAAUUUUUCUGUAAUUAAAAGUUUGAAUUUUACAAAAACAUCAAUAAAUUAAUCAAAUUUUUGAAGAAAAGAAUUUAUAGUUUUUUGAAACAGUCACACCUGACGAGACGUGUCCAAAAGGGACACUGUACAAAAAUUUUCGAAAGCCACACUGUACUUUUUUUCAGGAAAAAGUGUAGUUUUCAUUGAUUUUUAGCGGAUUUUGAUGACAAUUUUCAUAAAAAUUCAAAAUUUCACGCUGCACAAUUUUUUUUUGCAAAAAUUUCCACAGUGCACAAAAAUUUUAGGACACUCUCUCGCCAGGUGUGGAAACAGUGAAUUUUUUUCGUGAAAAAAAAUCCUUUUUUUGUUCUUAAUGUUGCAAUUUUAUGAGGUUUGUAGUGAAAAUUGAUGGAAAAUCACGGUAUUUCAGUUUCCAAAGUACUUUUAAAACUAGAAAAUGCGGUGUUUUUGGGUCCUGAUCCCAACAAAAACUGAUAAAAAUACGAUUUUUCAAUAAAUUUUGGUUCAAAAUUCAACAUUUUCCCCAAACUUCCCCAAAAAAAUCAUUUUUCCAGGUUCUCCACGGAAAAGAACUCGCUGCGCCCUCGAAUUUGCUAAAUUUGAGCGAAAAAGUCGACAAAAUUCACAUCGGCGGAGUUGAGGAGGAAAAUCAAGAGGAUUCAGACAUCAUGAGAGCCUGA